AUGUCGUGGCCAGUUUAUGUCACUGCCACUUCCAAACAAGCGAAAGAUGCAUUCCGUGCACUCGAAGACAACGACUAUGGAGACGAAUCAUGGCUCUUACUUCAGAGGCAGAUUCUACCAGAACAGAAUAUCAAGGGGCAGCCGCCGUCGACUGGUUCUCUCGACGGGGAUGGAGAGACUCUCUCAGCGGCAAAUGACAGCUUUAGCGGCUGCUCGCCGGAUGAGAUCUACGAUUUUCAUACUAAGAAUGAACGCACCUUGCGGGGCCUGGGCUUGAGGACUGGGCAAUGGAUGAUCAUUGACAACAGGGGAUAUGAGAACGAUACAUGUCUUGUAUGCAAGGGGUGUUUUCCCUACAGAGAGGAUGAAGAUGAAGAUGAAGAUGAAGACGACGAAGAGGACGAUGAGGAAACGGAAGACAAUGAGAAGCCAGAUAUGCCGUAUCGCAUGGCUCGCAUUGCAUUCACCAACGCAUGGAACAUGUACAAUAGUCUAGACUCGGCAAUCCUGGGCUUUGAGGACUAUAUCGACGUGAACGCCGGGAUCCAGGACGACGGGGCCUGGAAAGGAGUCUGA